ACACGAUAUAUAAUAACCUUGAAUAAAUCAAUCGAUUUUCUUUAUCUUUUUAAUGAUAAAAACUACGUUACAUCGUUAAACACGUCAUCAUUCAAUAAUCUCCAAUCUAUUCGACCGCAUUUUUCAACAGAUAAAGAAAAUGGCCGUUAAAUUCAUGAGACAAUACUGUCUGUUCAUUCUUUUGUUUUUACAUUUUCAAAGACGUUUUCCUGUUCCGAAGUCGUAAGAUUUUCGAUCGAUCUACGAGGAAGAAUUUUAUAAACGUGUAUAAUACGAUAACGAUAAAGCGAAUAGAAUCGCAAAAAAAUUUUCAAAAGGAUCACGGUCGGAGAUUAAUAUUUUUCUAACCUUCUAUCCGAUCUAUAUACCUUGAUUUUAAGUGGAACGCGCGCCGAUCAUGGCGAUAAAUAUUAAAGUCUACCGAGCAUAAACAGAGAAGAAGAAAAAGAAAAAGAAAAACAAAAAGAAAAACAAGAAAAGGAAAGAAAGAAAAAGAAGAAGGAAAAAAGAAUAACGAAGUAACUUGCGUAUUUCCAGCACGUGCUUCUGACAAAUUUUCCAUUCCCUCUAUUCGCAGUGUUUCUUGUGCAAAGCCCAAAGGAGGAGUGGGAGAAGUCGACGGGAACGACACUGCUUGACACGUGAGAGUUUAUAAAUUCGCGGGAUGAAGUGAGCAGGGAAGAAAGAGAGAAAGAGAGAAAGAGAGAAAGAGAGAAAGAGAAAGGUUACGAUCUAUCCAGAACGUCGUAGGAAGAGACGAAACAUUUUGCAACAAAGCAUAGAAGAAAGAGAGGGUAAGAGAGAAAGAGAGAGGGGGAGAGAGAGAGAGAGAGAGAGAUGGAUAGAAAGGCGAACAGAUACGUAAACUCGUGCAUGAUCGUGCGGUUUCGGUUACAAAGAAGAAAGAUCGCGCGUGCUGGAGUAGAAGUAGUGGGGAUGACGACUGGAUUUGUCGGUAGAGUGGGGGAAAAGUGGCUACGGAGGAUAUGCGUGGUAGACAGCUGAUCAGUCUGCUCGCGACGCACGAUCGGAUGGAAGGUUUUGUCGUCGGACCGAGCAUCCCUCGCAAAGAAACUCGCACGAUUCAUUCGUUAUACUGUGCGUUAUGACAACGGCACUCCUGUUUUAAAGUUCUCGUCUACAUGGUAUCGUCGUCGCUCUUUAUGCCAUUUGAAACAAAACCAAAGUCAGGAAUAAACAGUGCGUCGGUUUAUUAUCGUAGUAAGCGUUCUAUCGAGCUCUCGUUGGCGUCGUCAGGUCAAUUACACCGAGCGCGUUCUUCUCUUCGUAUUCUUCUUCUUCUUCUUCUUCUUCUUCUUCUUCUUCGUCGACGAGGCUCCUGGACGAAGGUAAAGUCUAUGACCGGACAAAACGAAUGUUUACGUUCUUAUCGAAGAAGGAAGUGGUGCGAGAACAGUGGUAGAACGUGCUUUACGUUCGCUUUGAUGAGGUUCGAGAAAACGGAAGAGGAGGACACGAGGGCGGACUAUAUGAUUCGCGAGCAUUGAUAUUCGUAUUGUACUAUAGUGACAGAACGCCAUACAUAACAUAACACAUACACAUACAUGUACAUGUACAUGUAUAAGCAUAUAUACUAGUUUGGUGCAGUUACGCCCGCCGUUAACACCCCUGCUAUUUGAUUUUUUUUUUCCUUUCUACAUUUAUCUGUUACUUGUCACAACGUCUUUGUUGUUGACACGUUUAGUCAUUAUAUAUCGAAAGAGCUUUUACUAGUUGCAAUCCUGUUUCUUUAUCUCACUGUUAACGGUGCAUGUCGGCGGUGAGCACAGAGCGGAAGGUUGAUGACAAUGCAACGAGUUCAAGAUCAAGACAAUGGGAUCAACAUCAAGUUUGGAUCAAAGAAGUCCAGAAAAGGCGAUUAUAAAUUGGUUUCGCAAGAUGCGACAAAGGAAAGACAAAACAAUUAUAAUGGGACCAACAAACACGUUAAAGAUGUGACAACAGAGGAAGAAUUAGUACCCCCAGAUGGAGGUUGGGGAUGGCUGGUACUUUUGGCAUCUGUUCUUGUCAAUGUCCUUAUUCCAGGAAUGGUGAAAUCUUUUGGAGUUUUGUUUGUUGAAUUUCGUAAAGUUUUUGAUGCAUCUCCUGCUGCAGCUGCUUGGAUUCCUGCCUUGUGUUAUUUUCUGUACAGUUCUCUUGGGCCAUUGUCUAGUGUACUUUCGGUUAAGUACUCAUAUCGGACAGUAUCGUUAUUAGGUGGUACAUCUGCUGCUGCAGGAAUGAUGAUAAGUUAUUUUGCGAACUCUGUUGGCUUUUUGUGUGUUAGUUUCGGAGUAUUGGUAGGAACAGGGGCAGGAUUGGCUUUUCCCCCGACCGUAUACAUUGUAACAUCCUAUUUUGUACGGCUACGAGGACUAGCCAAUGGUCUGUGUAUCUCAGGCAGUGCUUUAGGUUCUAUAUUUCUUCCACCACUUCUUGGGCUUCUUUUAGAAGAGUAUGGUUACAGAGGUGCAGUAUUAAUAAUGGGAGCUAUUACUUUAAAUGUGUGGGCUUGUGCUUUGUUAUACGAUCCAGUGGAAAAACACAUGAUUCCUGCGCGACCGUCACGCGAUUCGAAAGAUCAUAAAAGCUUAGAAACUACAUCAAUUACUAUUACUAGUCCUGAAGAUGAGAGGAGACAUAAUAAUUUUAUUUCUUCCAACUCGAGCUGUGAAAAAGCUGCGCCUAUAGUGCCAAAAAGCGCGUCUAGCGUUGCAUUGGAAAAUUAUAAAAAUACUCCCGUUCAAGGAAGAACUAGAAAAAUUAGUAUGCCAACUGGGCGUGAAAUUACUGGGCAAAUGCAUAGCACACCAGCUUUACACGCUGUACCUGAAAGAGGAGUCGAAACAGGGAAAUUGAUAAAACGUAAAUCAUCCACUACUCAAUCUCCCAGUACUUCAUCAUUUUAUUAUAUUAGCACCCCUCAUCACGGUAGCACAUUGUCUGCAUUACAUCCUGCGCAUGCAUCUACAUUAACACUAAAUGCAAUAUCUAAUACGUUUACAAGAAAAGGAUCUGCCCGUGCACUGAAGCAGGAAAAAAAAUCGGAAAAUAAAUUUUUCGAUUGUAGCUUAUUGAAAGAUCCUAUGUACCUCGUUAUAUUGAUCUCAAAUUCAACAAAUGCCGUUAGUUAUACGAAUUUCGUAAUAUAUUUACCAGCUUAUGCAGAUUCGCUAGGCUUUGACAAGAGUAUGGGUCCUCUUCUUCUAUCGAUCGUGUCAAUUUUGGAUCUCAUUGGACGUAUCGGUGGAUCUGCAUUGUCCGAUAUAAAGUUAAUGCCGAAACAUUGGUAUUUCGUUGGCGGCUUAUUCGCUUCUGGAGUAUCCUUAACAAUUUUACCAACGGCUACUACUUAUACUUUAUUAUCUGUAUAUUGUGGAAUAUUCGGAUUAGCUUCUGGUACAUAUGUUGGAGUUACCGCCGUUAUUAUGGCUGAUAUGCUCGGCACUGAAAAACUUACCUCGUCCUAUGGCAUUUCUUUAUUUGUUAAUGGAAUUUUGCAGCUUAUAGGCCCGCCAAUUUGUGGUGUGGUUUAUCAACAAAUUGACCAAUACGGUCCCAUUUUCAGUGUUCUAGGUAUAAUUUUAGUUGUAGGUUCAUUGCUAUGGGGCUUUGUUCCUUUUAUUAAAAAGAGGCAAAAAGAAUCGGAAGUUAACAGUCCGGUGGAUAAAUUAUAGUAAUCUACAUUUUUUUGCUAAUAUAUUGAAUACUUUAUUCGAGCAAAAAUUGUAUACGAUUAUUGAUCGUGACAUCCUUGUAGGAAUAUUAUCAUUUAACUUGAAAAAUCGACACAAGAUCACGAGACUAAUAUUAGACAAAAAAUGGAACUUAUAGAUGAUUCUUUAGCACUGUGAUGCUGUAUAUAUUUUACACGCACACUUAUUACUCAAUUAUUAAGAGAAGUAUUAUGAAAAUUUAGAAAAACUUUUUGAAGACAUAAAGUCUCUUUUUCCAAAAAAAAAAGAAAAAAAGAAAAGAAGAAAAGAAAAAACAAUUAAAAACCUUGCCUUGCACAUAGGAUUAUUGCUCCUUGAAAGUAAGAACUUCAAUUAUAAAUUAUAAUAAAUAUACGUCAUUACGCGUUCGCGCGUAUUGUUACUGUGUGUGUGUGUGCGCGCGCGUGUGUGUGUAUUUGAUUUUUAUUUAGUACUUAAUAUAAAGUAAAGAAGUUGGUGCUAUUUAUGUCUAAAGGAUGAACACACUGUUUAAUGUUUAAUUUUUUAAGAUCUUUUAAAAUUUUAUUCCUUUUCCAUAUCAUUUCAUAAUUGAAAACAAAAUGUAUUCGGAUGCAUUUUAGAUUGCUGUUACUUAACAAUUUCAGUGUAAAUUAUAGUGAAAAAAUAGCAAAGUUUUAUGAUACACAAGUAACUUAAAUAAUUUAAUUUUAAUAUUAACAUUUUGUUUUCACAAUUUUUUAAUUCGUAAAUCACCGAAAAUAUGCCUUACUACGUGAUAGAUUCUAAGCACUUUGUAAUUAAUAAUUAAUAUAUUAAGUUUAUAUAGGUCUGUACACAAAUGCAAAAUAAAUAGUAGCAUAACGGAUA